AAUCACGUGUAGAGAAACCGUUGAUCGUCAUGUAUCUGCUGUAGCUAAAGCUCCGCGCUAGAUUAUUUGCCUCCAGUUGUCGCCACAAUUUUGACAGCUGUUUGUUUUCCUUUCUCAUACCUUUUACCGAAGAAUGAGCGAAAACGAUGACAUCGAAGUCGACAGCGAUGCAGACAAGCGAGCACAUCACAACGCGCUUGAGCGCAAACGCAGGGACCACAUUAAAGACAGCUUUCACGGUUUACGAGAUUCUGUGCCUGCAUUACAAGGCGAGAAGAACUCUGUCAAACAGGCUUCCCGAGCACAGAUUCUAGACAAAGCCACCGAGUACAUCCAGUACAUGAGACGAAAAAACCACACCCACCAGCAAGACAUUGAUGUCUUAAAGAAGCAGAAUGCACUGUUGGAGCAGCAGGUGCGUGCGUUGGAGAAGGCCAAGGGGAACACUCAGCACCAGACAAACUACUCUUCUGACAGCAGCUUGUACACAAACCGCAAAGGCAGCGCGGUGUCCGCCUUCGACGGCGGGUCCGACUCCAGCUCUGAAUCAGAGCCAGACGAGCCGCCCAACAGAAAGAAGCUGCGUGUGGAGCCCAGCUAGACUCGGGGGAGGAGGCAACCCCCACCCCUCCGCCCGGUUCUCCAGACAGACUCUUUUUGCCCACCAGCCCCCCGACUCCUCCUACCAGUCCGCACUCAGUCCUGCCUUCUUACGCCGGUCCAGGAGACGAGAUGGAGACUGAGCGAGAGCGGUGCUAUUAUGUAUAAAACGCUUCUACCUUCCUUUUUCCUCCUGGCAAGCAUCCUGUCACUCCUUCUGUGGCCCAGCAGCAACAACUUUUAAGACCCCCUCCCCCCCCAAAGUGAGGCAGCUCUGCAGUUUUGAAGGACUUUAUGCUUUUCAAACCUCAUGAUAACCAUUCAUAAUCAAAUGUGGAGAUGACAAGGUAUGAGGCUUUAGUGAAGCUACAUAAAAUAUAUUUGUUUUUUUUCUCUGUCGGAGUUGUGAGACUUUACGACCUUUUGACGAAAUGGUAAUUAGGGUUAGUUUACCUUUUUAAUAUUCAUACUUUUUCCAGAAAAGAAUGUGAAGUUGCUUUUGAAAAAAAAAAAAAAGUCUGUUAUGCAAGAUGCAACACUCCUUAUUCAGUGUAGGUGGCUCAAUUUUGUUUUUCUUUGUCUUUGAAAAUAUUUGUGUAAUCACAUGAAUCCCUCUAUUUAUAGUAAUGCACCGAAAUUGACUUCUUACCCCCCCGUGUCUGAUCUCCCUCAUGUUUUGGCUUGAGAUUUUCCAGAGAACACAGGAGGAUGAACAAGUUGACCUGCUGUUUUGGUGGAUUUUCCACAGGUUCAACUAUUUAUUUUCCUCUAUUUUUAUUAUUAUCAAACAAAUUGUGGGUAUAAAAAUAAAAUAAAAAAUCCCCUAAUGGAUACUGAAUGUUACGCAAUGCAGUUAGAGGGCUGUGACCUUUUAUUUUUGUUAAUGGAAGUCCAUUUCAGUGUGUAGUAUAUAACACUGUAUACUCUUAAAUGGUGUCAGCUCUGCAAAGACAAGCCUUCCCAUGAAAUAUUUGCCUGUGCUGGGAACGUUUAUCUUUCUCUUUUUUUUUCUUUUUUCUCCAUUUUGCAGAGGUAAAUUAGUGUGUACGUGAUCAAUAUUUGUUUGUUCCAUUCCAUGGAAAUUACAGGUAUGUUGUACAUACUGCCAACGGUUGUCUUGCAAGUUAAGGCAUACCUUUAUUAUGAGACUAUAAAUAAAACUAUUUUAUCCUUUUGGGAUGUA